AGAAGAAGAAAUUUUACCCUGUAUGAAAAGAAAAUGAGGACUGUUUUGAUGGUAGCAGAGAAGCCGUCGUUGGCACAAUCUAUAGCGAAAAUCUUGUCAAAAGGCAGCUGUUCAUCACGAAAAGGCCUGAAUGGAGCAUGCUCCGUCCACGAGUACACGGGAAGCUUCAUGGGGCAGAGUGUGCGAUUCAAGAUGACAUCUGUGUGUGGUCAUGUCAUGAGCCUCGACUUCAUAGGGAAGUACAACAACUGGGACAAGGUAGACCCAGCGGAGCUUUUCAGCAAAGCCCCCACAGAGAAGAAGGAGGCCAAUCCAAAACUAAACAUGGUGAAAUUCUUACAGGUGGAGGCCAAAGGAUGCGAUUACGUGGUGCUGUGGCUGGAUUGUGACAAAGAGGGAGAGAAUAUCUGCUUUGAGGUUUUGGAUGCCAUUAACCCAGUCAUGAACAAGCCAUAUGGCAAUGACCGCACAGUGUUUCGUGCAAAGUUCAGCUCCAUCACAGACCUGGACAUCUGCAAUGCCAUGAACAAGCUGGGCGAGCCCAACCGCAACGAGGCGCUGUCUGUGGAUGCUCGCCAAGAGCUGGACCUUCGUAUUGGCUGUGCCUUCACACGUUUUCAGACCAAAUACUUCCAAGGCAAAUAUGGGAACCUGGAUUCCUCUCUCGUCUCUUUCGGACCCUGUCAGACCCCUACUCUGGGUUUCUGUGUGGAGAGGCACGACAAAAUCCAGUCCUUUAAACCUGAAAUGUACUGGGUCGUCCAGGCCAAGGUGUUCAAAGGCAAGGAGAGUCCUCUGGCCCUGGACUGGGAUCGGGGACGAGUGUUUGACAGAGAGGUUGGCCAAAUGUUUGUCAAUCUGGCCAAAACAGCUAGAGAGGCAAAGGUGGAGUCAGUGAGCAAGAAGGAAAAAGCCAAGCAGCGGCCACAGGCCCUGAACACUGUGGAAAUGCUGAGAGUGGCCAGCUCAGCCUUGGGAAUGGGCCCACAGCACACUAUGCAAGUGGCCGAGAGGCUUUACACGUCGGGAUACAUCAGCUACCCCCGUACGGAGACCACACACUACCCCGAGAACUUUGACCUGAAGGGCACACUGAGACAGCAGGCUAACAACCCCUUCUGGGCCGACUCUGUGAAGGCAUUGCUUGCAGAGGGGAUCAACCGACCCAGGAAAGGAGCGGAUGCAGGAGACCAUCCGCCCAUCACCCCCAUGAGGUCUGCAUCAGAGAGUGAACUAGGCAGUGAUGGUUGGCGUCUUUAUGACUAUAUCACACGGCACUUCAUUGCAACGAUCAGCCAAGACUGCAAAUACCUUCAGACCACCAUCACUUUCAGCGUCGGCUGUGAAGGCUUCUCCUGUAGUGGAAAAACUCUCAUAUCACCCGGUUUCACAGAGGUCAUGCCCUGGCAAGGUAUCCCUCUAGAGGAGGCCAUGCCUGUGUGUGAGAGGGGCGACUCCUUCACCGUGGACGAGAUCAAGCUGCUUGAGAAGCAGACCAAUCCCCCAGAUUACCUGACCGAAGCGGAGCUCAUCACGCUCAUGGAGAAACACGGCAUCGGCACUGAUGCCAGCAUCCCCGUCCACAUCAAUAACGUCUGCCAGAGGAACUAUGUGACGGUGGAGAGUGGACGCAGGCUGAAGCCUACUAACCUGGGCAUCGUGCUUGUCCAUGGCUACUACAAAAUUGAUGCAGAGCUGGUUUUGCCGACAAUUCGUAGUGCGGUGGAGAAGCAGCUAACCCUCAUCGCUCUGGGCAAAGCCAAUUUCCAGCAGGUGCUCCAACACACCCUAGACAUCUUCAAGAGGAAGUUCCACUACUUUGUUGACUCAAUUGCAGGUAUGGAUGAAUUAAUGGAGGUGUCCUUCUCACCGAUUGCUGCUUCUGGGAAACCCCUCUCCCGCUGUGGGAAGUGCCAUCGUUUCAUGAAAUACAUCCAGGCCAAGCCAAGCCGGUUACACUGCUCCCACUGUGACGACACGUACAGCCUGCCCCAGAUGGGAGCCAUCAAGCUGUACAAGGAGCUGCGCUGCCCGCUGGACGACUUUGAGCUGGUGCUCUGGACCUCCGGCUCGAAGGGGAAGAGCUACCCUGUCUGCCCUUACUGCUUCAGCAACCCCCCCUUCAGGGACAUGAAGAAAGGAAUGGGCUGCAACGAGUGCACCCACCCCACCUGCCAGCACUCUCUGAACUCGCUGGGCAUCGGCCAGUGCGUAGAGUGUGAGAGUGGCGUGCUGGUGUUCGACCCCACCUCGGGCCCCAAGUGGCGCAUGGCCUGCAACAAGUGCAACGUGGUGGUGCACUUCUUCGAGCACGCGCACAAGGUGCAGGUGGCCGCCGACAGUUGCGAGGCUUGUGAGGCCUCGCUGGUGGUGGUCGACUUCAACAAGGCACGAUCGCCGCUGCCCGACGGUGAGACACAGCACACGGGCUGCGUAUUCUGCGAUGCUAUCUUUCAGGAUCUGGUGGAGCUCAAGCACGCCACCAUGAGGCACCCCAUGCACCGGGGCGGAGGAGCGAGGAGAGGGGGCCGGGGAAGGGGUAGGGGUCGACGCCCGGGCGGCAGAGGAAACCCGAAAAAACCCAAAGACAAAAUGGCUGCCCUAGCAGCAUACUUUGUGUAAAUUGUUUCCGAAUAAUCUGUUGCCACAAGAAUGUGUUUGCCUUUUGUAAAUAAUAAUAAACUUUUAGA